CAGCCAAUCAGCUGAUCUGACUGUUUUUCAGUUAAACUUUAUGUCAAACUGGAGCAGGUCUGAAAAUCUUCAUAUAAUCUGUCCUGAGAGUAACAAUGGAUCCCAAAACAAGCAGGAAGGAAAAGAACAUAUUUGGCCUGAAAGUGAAGAAGAAGAAGAAAGACAUCACUGACCUGGUCCUGGCAAACAAAGGAGCUGUGGACAGUGAAGUCGAGGCUUCCUCUGAAGCAUCUCUCCUACAGGAAGGGGAAACCCCAGAAGACCAGCCUCUCAUUAGACGAGCAAUAAAACCAAACACAAAGAGGGCCAAACUUCAAACUCGCAUUCAGGACAGCGAAGGAAAACCUGAGAGCUUCCAGAUUGGCAUUAAUGUCACAGAAGCCAGACAGCUUGUGGGGGAAAACAUAGACCCCAGUGUGGUGAUUGAGAUUGGAGACGAGAAGAAACAGACAUCCGUCAAGGAAGGAACAAACGCUCCAUUUUACAAUGAGUAUUUCGUCUUUGAUUUCUUUGCCCAUAAAGAGAUCUUCCUUGAUAAAGUCAUCAAGCUGACGGUUGUUCACUCAAAGUUGCUGAAGACAUUCUCUGUGGGGUCCUUUAAACUGGACGUUUGGACAGUCUACAAACAGCCAGGUCACCAGUUUCUCAAUAAGUGGGCAAUGUUGACCAAUCCUGGUGACAUUAGCACUGGUGUCAAAGGAUAUGUUAAAUGUGACAUCAGUGUCUCAGCUAAAGGUGAUGCCGUGCAACCGGGACAAAAAGCAAGUGAUGCUGAAGAGCAGAUAGAAAAGAACCUCCUGAUCCCUGAGGGGCUUCCCUCUGAACGGCCAUGGGCCCGUUUCUGUGUGAAGGUGUAUCGAGCCGAAGGCCUCCCUAAGAACAACUCCAGCAUUAUGGCCAACGUCACAAAGGCUUUUAUAGGAGACAACACAGCACUCAUUGAUCCAUAUGUUGUCGUCAGCUUCUUCAAACAAGUGGGUCGCACAUCCACCCAGAAAUCUUCAGCAGACCCCAUGUGGAACGAGCAGAUUGUCUUCACUGAGAUGUUUCCUCCUUUGUGUCAGAGAUUAAAGAUCCAGGUCUGGGAUGAGGGGAGCAUGAAUGAUGUUGCCAUAGGAACCCAUUACUUUGACCUACGACGUAUCUCCAAUGAACAAGAUGGAGACAAAGGGUUUUUACCAACUUUCGGUCCUGCUUGGAUUAAUCUGUACGGCUCAGCUCGAAACUUCUCUUUGGGUGAUGACACAGGGGAACUCAAUGAGGGCAUUGGCGAGGGAGUUUCCUUCAGGGGUAGAGUCUACUUAGAACUGACAGUAGAGAUCCUGUCUGGGGGCACAGGCUCAGACUCCAAACUCAGUCGGAUGAUUAAACCUGUCAAAGACACAAAAGCAGGAAAAGCUGGUGGGAAGGAUGCUAAGUCUUCUGCUGGAGGCGGAGCAGGAGGAGGUACAGGGGGAGCUGAUGAUGACAAAGGAAAAGCAGGAGCAGCGGAGGUCCUGCCUGUUGAUCCUCCUCCGGUGCCAACUGUAGAUGAUGAGACCUUCCUGCUUUUUGGAGCUUUGUUUGAGGCCACCAUGAUUGACCGUAAGAUUGGAGACAAGCCCAUCAGCUUUGAGUUCUCCCUCGGUAACCAUGGCAAUGUCUUGGAGUCUUCCGUUCAACCAAGUACUGCCAGUCCUGCAGUGACUCGGAGGAGAAAGGUGCUGGACUUCCCGGACAGCAGUGACAUUUUUGGCUCCUCCCUCACCGUCCCUUCCUCACCCCUCCUCCCCAAAGAUCCCUCUGAUUCAUGUGGAGCCUCAAAAUCUGCUACACCUCCGGAGAAACCACUCAUCGUCGAGGGAAACAGACACUACAUGUAUUUACCUCUGGAGAAGAAGAAGCCCUGUGCUAGUGUUGUGAGCUCCUGGGAGGACAGAACCUACCGGCUCUACAACUCCAAUAUGCUGGAAAAUAUCGCCGUGCAGUUUGACGAGGGUGUGUGUGUUGCUGCUGACCUUCAUAAGAAGUUGGAGCCAGCGGCUGAGGCAGUUUUAAGAACUGAGCUCAGAGAGUUUUGUUUGAAUGCCAGGAAUUUUAUUGCCGCUGCAGAGGCCAAACUGAAGGCAGAGCUGAAGAGCAGCUACCUGACAACCCUGGACAAGAAACGUUUGACCAUGUGCAAACAAGAGCUGGAGAGUAUGAUUGGAGAGGCUGAGAUGCUGGGAGAGAGGAAAACAUCAGCAAGAGGAGUGAAAGAAAUGCUACAAGAAGCAACUAAACUAGCACAAAAACUACGUUUUCUUGUGGAGGAGCCCCAGCACACAGUCCCAGACAUGUUUGUGUGGUUGCUAAGCAAUAACAAACGUGUUGCAUAUGCCAGACUUCGAACCAGAGACCUGCUUUACUCCAGCAACCGGGAGGCCAGAGGACUUCUCUGUGGGAAGAUAGUAACACUGUACCUGAAGCCACCAGGGAAGCGACCUGCAGCAUUGUCAGUUCAAGCCAAGCUGGAUGCGUAUCUGUGGUUUGGAACUUGCUCAGACUCCAGCCAUAUGCUGGAUGACCUGCCUGCAGGAUACAGACCAGCCACAGGGGACGCCGACACCAACAGCCCUCCUUCUUACCUGCUUUGCAUGGAGCAGCACAGGUUCCAGCUGCGGUGCCACAUGUAUCAGGCUCGAGGUCUGAUUGCUGCAGACAACACGGGGCUGUCCGACCCAUUUGCGAGAGUCACGUUUCUCUCACACAGCCAAACCACCAGUAUCAUCAGUCAGACUCUCAGUCCUACAUGGAACCAUUGUUUGCCAAUGAGCUCCCUUCUGUUAAGUGGAGACCUGAAGCACAUCCAGGAGGAGCCUCCUCACGUUGUUGUUGAGGUUUACGAUGAUGACGCUCUGGGAAAAGCAGAGUACCUGGGGGCCACAGUGGCAGUGCCUGAGGUGUGCUUGGCCUCUGAGCCCUACACCCCCCCUAUUCUGCAGUACAGCCCACUUCACUGUGGCAGCCAGUCAGGAGGAGACCUGCUGGCUGCAUUUGAACUGUUGCAGAUUUCAGAGUUUGGCCAGAUGAGUCUGCCAGAGUUAGAGGAACAGGAAGGAGGCAUUUAUACUGUUCCUGCCAACAUCAGGCCAGUUCUCAGCACCUACAGGCUGGAGGUUUUAUUCUGGGGACUGAGGGAGCUAAGGAAGGUUCAGCUCCUGUCUGUUGAUCGGCCACAGGUGUUCAUAGAGUGUGCAGGUAAAACUCUGCGUUCCUCAGUCAUCCAGAAGUACAAAUCCAACCCAAACUUCACCACACUGUUAGAUGCCAUAGAGCUGGAGUUACCAGAAAACGAACACCUCCAUCCUCCUCUCAGCAUCACAGUUGUUGACUGGCGGGCCUUUGGCCGCAGCACACUGGUUGGAAACCACAUCAUCAACAACCUCAAGGCCUUCAAGUACACGCCCACUCCCCCUCACACAGUUCAGUUACACAAACCACCUGAGGUCACACACACCCCAAGACCCUCCCUGACACCAGAGCCACACAGCAUUAAGGGGCUGUCUCAGGACACUAUAGAGACCCGUUCAACUGUGACCCUGACUAAUCAGGACUUCCUCAUUACUGUGGAGGAUGAAGCUCCGCCUCCAGCUCCACCCACACCAAAACCACAAGCCAAGACAAAAAAGGAGAGGAGCUCAAAGAGCAUCCACCGGUCCACUAAGAGAAGGAGGCGAACCAUCGCUGAUGAGUCUGCAGAGUCCGUCAUUGACUGGUGGUCCAAAUACUACGCUUCUGUGGACAAACAGGCUAAACAGAAGGACAGCUUCCAUCUACCUAGUGUGUUUGACAAAGCUUCAACAUACCACAGCUUGCUCAGCGAUGGAGUAGACUCUUUGGUCAGCAGCCAAUCAGAUGGAGACAAGAAGAAGAAACAGAAAGGAAAGGAGACACUGGAGCUCAGCUAUAGCUUACCUACUAAAAUCGCAACACUCCAGCUGUACAGUAAGGAGCUGGAGGCACAGUUUGGUCCAUUUGAUGAUUGGGUCAGCACAUAUGAGCUGUUCAGGGGGAAGGCCAAUGAGGAGGAGGGAACGUCUGAUGAGAGGUUUGUUGGGAAGUUUAAGGGUCGAUUCUGCCUCUAUAGGCUAAGUGAUGAAGAUGAGGAGGGUGGGGAAAAUGUCAUGGACACAGGCCACUACAGGGUGAACAGAGGAAUCCCCCCAAACACUUCAGUCCAAGUUCUCAUCCGGGUUUACAUCGUCUCUGCAUCCAACCUGCAUCCAGCCGACCCAGACGGGAAGGCCGACCCUUACAUUUUUCUUCGCCUUGGGAAAAAUGAAAUCAAAGACAGAGAUAACUACAUACCAAAACAACUGAACCCUGUUUUUGGACGAUCCUUUGAAAUGCAGGCCACAUUUCCUCAGGAGUCUCUGCUGUCGUUGCUCAUUUAUGACUAUGACCUGGUGGGAGGCGACGACCUGAUUGGAGAGACUCGCAUUGAUCUGGAGAACCGGUUUUACAGCAGGCACAGAGCUACAUGUGGACUCCCUAGCGAGUACAGUCUUGGGGGUUAUAAUGCCUGGAGAGACUGCCUGAAGCCGUCAGAGCUGCUGUCAAAGAUGUGCAGAGACAACGGAGUGGACGGUCCUCAUUUCAGUCCAGGACGCAUCAUCGUGGCCGACAAAGUCUUCACAGGGAAGACUCUCUACAUGCACGACGAUGAGCCGGUGGAGUCGUAUGAGCACCUGUCUCUAAAGAUCCUGCACCGCUGGGCAGAGAUCCCAGCUGUGGGAUGCAAACUGGUACCAGAACACAUCGAGACCAGAAUUCUGUACAACAAGGCCCGGCCGGGAAUGGAUCAGGGUCAGGUCCAGAUGUGGGUGGACAUGUUCCCAAUGGACUUACCACAUCCAGGACCCCCAGUGGACAUUUCUCCAAGAAAACCAAAGGGGUACGAACUGCGAAUCAUCAUCUGGAAUACAGAAGAUGUGAUUCUGGAAGACAGUAACUUCCUGACCGGUCAACAGUCCAGCGACAUCUACAUCAAAGGCUGGCUGAAAGGUUUGGAAGAUGACCGCCAGGAAACUGAUGUCCACUACAACUCUCUGACUGGAGAGGGAAACUUCAACUGGCGCUUUGUGUUUCCCUUUAGCUAUCUGCCUGCUGAAAAGGUGGUGGUGGUGAAGAAGAGAGAUCACAUCUUCUCUCUAGAUAAAACAGAGCAGAAGCUUCCUGCCAUCCUCAUCAUGCAGGUCUGGGACUUUGAAACACUCUCCUCUGAUGACUUCCUAGGCACGCUGGAGUUGGACCUCCAUGCAUUUCACCGUGGAGCAAAAACAGCCAAGUCAUGUAAGGCUGACAUGAUGACAGAAGUGACAGACAGAAUCUCCAUCUUCCAGCAGAAGAGAGCUCGAGGCUGGUGGCCUUUCAGCAAGUCUGGAGAGCUCACGGGAAAAGUGGAGGCAGAGUUCCACCUGGUGACAGCUGAAGAGGCUGAGAAGAAUCCUGUUGGCAAAGCGCGGAAGGAGCCGGAGCCACUGCCCAAACCAAACCGUCCCGACACGUCCUUCUCCUGGUUUGUCAACCCUUUCAAGUGUUUUUUCCACCUGGUGUGGCGCAACUACAAGAAGUACAUCAUCAUCGCCCUGGUCCUGUUGAUCACUGUGCUGUUCCUGGCCCUGCUUUUCUACACCCUGCCAGGAGCCAUCUCUCAGAAGAUUAUCAACGGAUAACACUGACUCAAAAUACAUUUACUUGGAGAAGCUAUAGACAAAUAUUCAGCCCCGUCAGUCUGAUUUGUGUGAUGUAAAAAUUUAAACGGAUGUCUCAAACACCCAGAGGCAAAAACCUGCUUGAGUGCUGAUGUAGUUUAGCAGACAACUGAGGCCAGAGCAGAACAGAACCUUCAGAGUAUCAUGACAAGGAGCCGUCAUGGAGGAAAAGUGGAAAACAUUUUGCUGGCUCAGGUAAAAUGAAUGAGCCCUGCUUUUUUGUGUUCUGACUCCAUGUUUUGUACAAACUAACUCCACAUUGCAGGGAGUAAUAAUAAUAACACUGGUUUGCACUGGGAAAGCUUUUGAAAUGAACAAAGAGCACAUAGUUGGAGGAAAACAAUAUUUAUUGGAAUUAACUUUUUAUUACAUCAACACUAAGCAUGUAGAGCAGGGGGCCAGUCCUCUAGAGCCACCGUCCUGCAACUUUUAGAUGUAUCCUUACUUCAACAGACCUCAAUCAAAUGGCUGAAUUUCCUCACCAACAGUCAUUCAGCUUUGAACAGGCCUGGUAACGAGACAUUGAUUUGACUCAGGUGUGUUGGAGCAGGGAAAGUUGCAUCCCAGUAGCUCUGGAGGACUGGAGUUGAGCAUCCCUGAUGUAGAGUAACAUUAGUGAUGCUUUGAGUAAUGCAACCCAAGAUUCUCUGUAUUGUGUAAAAAAAAAACUGAUUAAGAACAUAUUCAUCUAAUGCAUUAUUUAACAUGCUUUGAAUCACAGAUUGUGCCUGUAGAGAAGCGUUUUAGAACCUGUGCUUUAUUCUUUCGUUUUGUACGUGGUUAAGGUGCUUUUUGCUCUAAAAUAAACUCCAUGCUAGCA